UGCAGUGCUUGUAGUCGUCUAUCCAGUCUAGAGAGAGAAAGACACCCACCCACAUAUUUUUAUAGAGAGAGAAAGAGAAAGAGAGAGUGAGUGAGUGUGUGUGUGAAAGGGUGGGGGGAGAAAUAUCAAAUAUCACAUAUAUAUAAUGCAGCAGCACCUGAUGCAGAUGCAGCCCAUGAUGGCAGCCUAUUAUCCCUCCAACAACGUCACUACUGAUCAUAUUCAACAGUACCUUGAUGAAAACAAGUCUCUGAUCCUGAAGAUUGUUGAGAGUCAAAACUCAGGGAAAAUGGCCGAAUGUGCAGAACAUCAGGCCAAGCUUCAGAGAAACCUGAUGUACCUUGCUGCCAUUGCUGACUCUCAACCCCAGGCACCUGCUCUUCAUUCUCAGUAUCCUCAAGGCGGAAUGAUGCAGCAGCCAGGAAGUCACUACAUGCAGCAACACCAACAAGCGCAACAGAUGUCACCUCAAGCACUCAUGGCUGCACGUUCUUCGAUGCUCUACAGUCAACAGCAGUACUCGUCGCUACAGCAGCAGCAGGCGUUGCAUAGCCAGCUUGGAAUGAACUCCGGCGGUGGAAGUAGCGGACUUCACAUGCUACAGUCCGACAAUAACAAUGCUGCUGGCGGUGGAACUCAUCUCGGAGGAGGAGGAGGAGGAGGGUUCCCGGACUUUUCUCGUAAGCAAGACAUUGGGAUUUCUGGGCCCACCAAUGAGGGGCGAGGUGGUGGUUCCGGUGGUGGGGAUGGUGGUGAGACACUGUACCUGAAAUCUCCCGACAAAGGUAACUGAUCAAUGAUCAUACACUUUGUGUUAGGCAAAACUGCUUUAGUUUCAAUCUUUUAAGAGUUUUUGUAGUAGCUUGUAGUCUUUUAUGGAAGUACGUAGAAUGUUCUAUAUAUUUGAAUUCUCGAUGUUGGGUUGACUCUGAAACUGUGUAACUGUUGAUCUUCGUGUUCUUUAUGUUUUGGGACGAUGGAUCAUAUGAUAGUCUAUUUUGUAAA